AUGGCUGUCCCUUCGCUCCGCCGGGCCCUGCUUCUGGCAGCUGCCGCCGCCUUGCCUUUCUCCCAGCUUGUAGCUGGCCAGACUAUCCAGACUGAGGAUGGUGUUGUUUUGGAGGCCAACAAAAAGACCGUUGCCCCUGCCGGCAAAGCCGUCGCCGACUCAAAUGCUCCCGAGGCCUUUGUCUUGACCGACGAUGUCAUCGCCAACCUUAGCGACCACAACCUCUCCAACAUCACCCUCUUUGCUUUCCCCGAGGACGAUGGCACCACCGAGGUCCAGAAGCGCACUCUUCUUGCCAGCUCCGGCUGCAAGACCGCGCCGGGUGACCUUCUCUGGCCCAACCGUUCCACCUGGAAGGUCUUUGACCUCUUGACCGGCGGCGCCCUCAUCGAGACCGUCCCGAUUGGUGCCGUCUGCUACCCCAAUUCGGGCGUCUACAACGCCGCCAAAUGCCAGACCAUCAUGGCCAACUGGACUUCUUCUGACCUGCACACCGCCGAUCCCACGUCCAUCAUGUUCCCCAUGUUCCAGGGCGAGACUUGCAUGCCCCAGAACGGCAAUUCGUCUACCUGCACGCUCGGCGGAUUCCCCGUUUAUGCCGUCAAGGCCACCAAUGUCGCCCAAAUCCAGCUCGCUAUCAACUUUGCUAGAAACUUGAACUUGAGGUUGGUAGUCAAGAACACGGGCCAUGAUUUCCUCGGCAAGAGCACUGGUUAUGGUGCCCUGUCAAUCUGGACGCACAACCUCAAGAAGCUGGAGUACAUCAAGUCCAUCAAGACUCCGUCCUAUUCCGGCCCCGCCUUUACGAUUGGCGCCGGUAUUGAGGUCAAGGAGCUAUACGAGGCUGCCAAUAAACACGACGUCACUGCCAUCGGCGGCGAUUGCCACACGGUCGGUGUUGCAGGAGGUUUCACCGCCGGCGGUGGUCACUCUCCCAUGACCUCCAUCGCCGGGCUUGGGUCUGACCAAGUCCUCUCCAUCGAUGUCGUCCUGCCCAACGGCCGCUUCGUUACCGCCGACGAGACGCACAACCCCGACCUCUUUUGGGCCCUCCGCGGCGGCGGCGGUGCCACCUUUGGCGUCGUAACCGGUAUGACCGUCAAAGUGUGGCCCAAGACCAACAUCUCAGGUAUGACCCUCACCGUCAUGUCCGGCAACAACUCUGCUCUUUCCAACGACGUCUUCUGGGAGGGCAUGUACGCCUACUGGCGCCGCUUCCCGGAGUACGCCAAGGCCGGCACGCAUGGGUACUCGCUGGUUUUCCCGUCCCCUCUGACUGACGGGUUCGCCUUCCUGAUGAAUCCCUUCUGGGCUCCCGGGAUGAAGCUAGCAGACUUGAAGACGCUCGUCCAACCUUUACUCGACGAGUGGACCAAGAUUGGAUUCAACGCUGGCUUGGUCGGAUCCCCCAAGUUCUUCUCGUACGAUAACUACUACGAUGCUUGGACCGCCAACUAUCCUCCCGAGGCGGUGAGUACUACCUCCGUCCGCACCGCCUCGCGCCUCUUCCCGGCCAAGAACUGGGAAGACGAGGAGACGCUCACGGGCAUGAUGAAGGCCGUGCGGUCUGUCGUUGAGGACGGGUCGGCUCUUGUUCAGUAUAACAUGCAGGCUAAAGCCCCCGCUGGGACUCCUGACAGCGCGGCCAACUCGCACUGGCGCGAUACGGUGUGGUACGGUAUUUUUGGCACUUCUUGGAAUUCCAGCCUCAAUGCUGCUGGCGUGGAGGCCAUCAACAGGAAGAUUACCGAGGAUUGGAUGGGUAGACUUCGGGGUUAUGGACCUGGGGGGUAUUUGAAUGAGGGGGAUGUGAUGGAGCCGGAAUUCGGGGAGGCGUAUUUCGGAAGCAAUUAUGAGAGGUUGAGACAGAUCAAGAAGGCGGUUGAUCCCACGGGACUGUUUUGGGCGCCGACGGCGGUUGGGUCGGAGGAGUGGGAGGUGCAGGGCCAGAAGAAGUGGUUGACGCUGCAGACGGGCAAGUUGUGUAAGAAGGUGGAUUUGUAG